AUCAAAUAUAAUCAAUCUCCUCAUCAUACUCCUUUCUCUUCUUGCUCUCCUUUACCUCUGUCCACCUUCUUAUUCAUCUUCUCACUCCAUCAAUCAACAUGUCUCCAAUACAUGAGCAUUAAUUUGAAUAACCAGAAUCAGAUAAACUUGUAAGUCUUAUUAUAUAAAAAUAUAUUAUUGACACACCACACCGUCCGGCACAUCAACAACCAGCAUGUCUUCAUUCCAAGUCCAAACUCAAGGAGAGGCACCUUGGUCUACUGGUCUUUGUGACUGUUGUGAUGAUGUUAGUAAUUGCUGUGUAACUUGCUUUUGCCCUUGCAUCACCUUCGGCAAAAUUGCAGAAAUCAUUGACCGAGGUUCAUCUUCAUGCGCAAUGAGUGGAUGUAUAUACUGGUUCAUAUGGUGCGCAACCGGAUAUUGUGGUUGGAUUUACUCGUGUUCUUACAGAAAGAAGAUGAGAUCACAGUAUUCACUUGCAGAGAGUCCAUGUAAUGAUUGCUUUGUUCAUUGUUUUUGCGAGCAUUGCGCUCUUUGCCAAGAGUAUCGUGAGCUCAAGCGCCGUGGCUUCAACAUGAAUAUCGGAUGGGAAGCUAACAUGAAACAAGGAAGAGCGCAAGCUGUGUUGGCACCCAAUGUUCAAGGUGGCAUGACUCGUUGAACAAAUGGCUACUCAAGAGAAAGAGCUGUCGUUGUGUUACUAGAUACAUAUAUAUAUAUAUAUAUAUAUAUAUAUAUAUAAAUAUAUGUUGUAUUUUGGUUAUUGUGUGAGCUUUGGUAUUGUAUUUGUAAUAAGUAUUAAUUUGUUUGCAUUUAAUAAUUAGUAUUUGAAUAA